AUGGACAACGAGGCAUCGUCUUCUGAACAACGGUUCAAGGCUGUCGAAUACAACAACCACAUUUACCAGAUUCCUGUUCGGCGUAUUGACCAUGAUCAGUAUCUUUUCCUCAACGAUGUGCAAGCCAUUGUACCGCAGGCCACAGCUUUGACAGCAUCCGACAAGUUGAUACCUUUUGAAGCCGAUCCCAUUACCCACAUGGAGCUCAUGCCGAAGCGAAUUGGCGUUACAGAUUUCGAUAGUGCUUGGCAAGUGCAUGUACCUGGAGCUGCCGUCGAUAGCCAACAGCGGAUAGCGGAUAUGGACACUAAACUUGAGCGUUUAUCUCGACAACUUCACCAUGUAUUAUCAGCCAUUACGACGACAUCUACACCAGCUUGUACGAGUAAUAAUGCAACCACAGCAACAGCAGCAAUCAUGGAUGAUACGACAACAUCUGCUGAAUCGAAUGAACAUGUUGAAGAGGAUGUUGCACAUGACCAACAAGAGGCAACUACGCCGCCACGACCACAAAGUCCUCCACCUGCAUUUUCUUCUUCUCCACCUUUACCCGUGCCAUCGAAUCGACCUUCACCACCCGAUCAUGCAUCAGCAGCCACAACAACAACGACAACAACCACUACUGCUACAACUACUGCCACUACUACAGCAACAGCUGCUGCACCACAAGCUAGUAAUACACCUCCACCACCUAUGCCACCACCACCACAAUCAUCCACAAGUCAUCGCCAUGUGGAAGGGGAUGCACCACCAUCGUAUGAAACAUCCAUUCUCGGCAAUAUCAAAGCAUUGACGGAUCAACUUCGGCUCUAUGAAUCGCAUAUAGCCAAUCGACACAAAUCGCCUCGGUGGCUGGCACGAAGAUCUGAAUGGGUACAAAGAGAGCCUGCAAGUAUCGAGCAAGUUGCUUACCAGCUUGUACAAUUGGAGAUGGCCUUGUUAUGGACCGCUGUUUCGGAAAGUUGGAUACAAGAACGUGAGACGUGGUUGACUUUGGUGGCAAGUGCAAGGACAGAACGCCAUUUGGCUGCAGCCAUGUUGAAUUUGGAACGCCACACGCUCGUAAUGGAUGAAAGCUGGGGACAUCACGUGCGCGAAACUUGGGUGAACGAGCUGCUAGAAAUGAUUGUUUUACCUUUGACCCAUGGCAAUUAG